ACAAUGGACGAUGAUGAUGAACUACUGGCGUCACUGGAGAUACCACCGGCACCGAAACAAUCCGCCGUAAGUGAACCGAAACCGUCGUCAAAUGUACCGACACCAUCCACGAGUGGAGCGUCCGGUACAACCGAACCAUCCAUCGUUGUGGCGAAGGUUAACAAAGGCCAUUGCAUCCUGGUAAAUCCGAAGCAGCGCGGUAAUCCACUGCUCAAAGCUAUCCAGCUCAUACCCUGGGAAUAUGAUGACAUCGUGCCGGACUAUGUGGUUGGUGCGAGUGCAUGCAUCCUGUUCCUUUCGCUGCGCUAUCACAACCUAAACCCGGACUACAUCCACGCGCGUUUGAAGCAGCUGGGGAAAAUGUACGAGCUGCGUGUGUUGCUGGUGCAGAUCGAUAUAUCAGAACCACAGAAUGCGUUGAAACAUCUGACCCGCAUCUGUUUGCUCGCCGAUCUGACGCUUAUGCUCGCAUGGAACGCGGAUGAAGCUGGACGGAUUGUGGAGAAGUAUAAGCUGUUCGAAAACCGACCACCGGACUGGAUUAUGGAGCGGGCCGAGAAGUAUCCACAUGAGAAGCUGGUACGGGCACUUACUAACAUAAAACCGGUCAAUCAGACGGACGCGAUGAUACUUUUGCAGAACUAUGGUACACUCGGGAAGCUGAUCAAUACGACCGAGGAGAAGCUAAGCAUGUGUUCCGGAUUGGGACCAAGAAAGGUGAAAAAACUGCACAAAACGUUUAGUGAAAACUUUCGUAAAUAG